AUGGUGCCCGUACCAUCCGCUGAGCAGGGCAACGUGUCUGUGGUGGUACGGGUACGGCCCCAGACCCCGUGGGAACAGGAGACCAACCGCCCAAGUGUGGUGCAGGUGGUGAAUGACUGUCUGCUGGUUUUCGAUCCUGAGGAGCCCAGCCCACCUGGGAUCUUGGCAGGUUUCCAAGGUCAUGACUCUGCUCCAAGACGGAAGGGCAAGGACCUGAAGUUUGUUUUUGACCGGGUGCUCGGCGAGAGCGCUACUCAAGCAGAGGUGUUUGAGAAUACAACCAAAGAGAUCCUGGAUGGUGUCCUGAAUGGCUACAACUGCUCUGUGUUUGCCUACGGCGCAACUGGGGCUGGGAAGACGCAUACCAUGCUGGGGUCCGAGAAAGACCCAGGCAUCAUGUACCUCACCAUGGCAGAGCUGUACAAGAAAAUAGAAGCCAGGAGAGGGCAGGAGCGCUGCGAGGUGCUCAUUUCCUACCAAGAGGUAUACAACGAGCAGAUCCAUGAUUUGCUGGAACCAAAAGGCCCUCUGAUUGUCCGGGAGGACCCAGAGAAAGGGGUGGUGGUUCCAGGCCUCUCUUUUCAUCAGCCCAAAACUGCAAAGCAGCUGCUGGAAAUGUUGGCGCGAGGGAACCAGAACCGCACACAGCACCCCACGGAUAUCAACGCCACUUCUUCCCGCUCCCACGCCAUCUUCCAGAUCUACGUGAAACAACACAACAGUGUGGUGGGCAUCACCCAGGACCUGCGAGUGGCCAAGAUGAGUCUGAUUGACUUGGCAGGCUCAGAACGAGCCUCUGUUGCAAACACCAAAGGGGAGCGGCUGCGUGAGGGUGCCAACAUCAACCGUUCACUUCUGGCCCUGAUCAACGUAAUCAAUGCCCUGGCCGAUGCAAAGAGCAAAAAACCUCACAUUCCAUAUCGGGACAGCAAGUUGACGCGCCUUCUGAAGGACUCCAUUGGCGGAAACUGCCGGACCAUCAUGAUCGCAGCUGUGAGCCCGUCCAUGCUUUCCUAUGAGGACACGUACAACACCCUCAAAUACGCCAACCGGGCCAAAGAGAUCAAACUCUUAAUGAAGAGUAACGUUCUAACGUUGGACAGCCACAUGAGCCAAUACGCAGCCAUUUGUGAGCAGCUGAAAGUAGAGGUGGCAGACCUGCGAGAGAGGCUCCGAGUGUAUGAGGAAAAAGGCCCUCUGGUGAACCCCCAUGGACUGGCUCCUUUGAGCCCCGAGGAGGCAGAGCUCGUCAGGGUAAAGGAAGCUGGUUUGGGUCGUAAGGGUGAUCGAGAGACGGAGGCAGAAUCUGAGCAGCUGAAAUCAGGCUUUGGCACCUCUUGUUUGGGAGAAAGCAGCCUGAAGCAGGAGUCAGAAAAGAUACCCGGUUGCUCCAGCACAGAAUCCUCAGACCCAGUUAAACAACAGGAAAAUGUGACCGUUGGGCAACAGGAAAUUGCAGGAACUCAGCUGGAGAGACUAGUAACAGCCAUCUUAAGCAUAGCACGAAAGCAGUAUUCUGUGCUGAAAGCCGCCAACCUUCUCACUCCAGAUAUGAUAACAGAGUUUGAAGAGCUGGACCGCUUGGUGCCCCGACUCUCCAGAGAGCCCCCAAAGGCUCUCGUGGUGGAGAAGCAACUAGAGGAGCCCCAGAUGGGUCCCAAAGUUGCCCUUCCUCUGGAAGUGCUGCAGUUUGUAACUAACGCUGAGCAGGCCAGUCCGGUGGGCAGUUCUGGCUCUCCACCCACUUCUCUGGAGAUCCUGCCAGCCCCAAGUGAUGUGUUCAAGACCCCCCGGCUCCCAACAAAGAGGAGGAGGAAGUCGGCAGAUAGCACGACACCAUCUGAAAAGAAUACCCCACCUGUCCAGAAGGGGCGGGCAAAGCGUCGGCGGAAAGCAAGCGUCCUUCCUCAGCAAUUGAGAUCCCCAAAGGAGUGGGCCGUCCUUGCAGGAGCGGACUGCACCAGCACCCCUCUUGUGGAGCGAGCAAGAUCUAGCCCGACUGGUCUGCAUGCCCCACAGCCUUGCCCUUUGACCGUCACCAAGGGCCGGGUGCCCAUGGCCCCCUCAGCCACUCAGAACUGCUCUACACCGCUUCCCCCACGAGGCCUGAACGCAACUUUCGAACUUAGCAAGAAUCCUUGUCCAGAAAAUGCUCUGGAAUUUGCUGCUUGGGAGAGCAUCCAGCAGUUUCCCAAUCCCCAGGGAGUGCCUCUUAUACCCAGGGCCUCCAUGCCAGUGUUCACCAUGAAGGGCUCCUCCAUUCCAAGAUCAUUAUCCUUGGCUUCCAGAACAUCCAUUCAGAAGAGGAGGCAUGCUGCAGGUUCCGCUUCCCACUUGCUGGGUGUCCCACGCAGCCGCAUUGCCAGGCUACAGGGUAGCUCUGUGAAAGCGUCACGGACCACGGAUGCACCAGGUAACCAAGCUCUGGCCAGGAAUAUGGGCUGGGCCAUAUCCUGGCACAACACGUAA